CGCGCCGCGCCCGCCGGCGCCAGCAUGUUUGACAGGACGAGGCUGCCGUUCGUGGCGCUGGAUGUGCUCUGCGUGCUGCUCGCUGGCUUACCCCUGGGUGUUCUAAACUUGGCCAAAAUAAAACCGUAUCAGAGAGGCUUUUUCUGUAAUGAUGACAGCAUCAAGUAUCCGUUCCAUGACAGUACCAUCACAUCCACUGUCCUCUACACAGUGGGGUUCACCCUGCCCAUUUUCUCUAUAAUCGUAGGAGAGACCCUCUCUGUUUCUUAUAACCAUUUGCACUCCAAUUCAUUUGUCAGAAAUAGCUACAUAGCCACUAUUUACAAAGCCAUCGGGACGUUCCUGUUCGGAGCGGCCGCGAGCCAGUCGCUGACGGACAUUGCCAAGUACUCCAUCGGCCGCCUGCGCCCGCACUUCCUGGCCGUGUGCCAGCCCGACUGGGCGCGCAUCAACUGCACGCUCGGCUACGUCGAGACCUUCCUCUGCCUAGGGGACAAGGCCAAGAUCAAUGAGGGAAGGCUGUCRUUCUACUCUGGCCACUCUUCGUUCUCCAUGUACUGCAUGCUGUUCCUCGCACUUUACCUACAGGCCCGAAUGAAAGGCGACUGGGCCMGGCUCGUGCGGCCCACUCUGCAGUUUGCUCUUGUCGCCACAUCCAUCUACGUGGGGCUUUCACGUGUGUCUGACUACAAGCAUCACUGGAGCGAUGUCUUGACAGGCCUCAUUCAGGGAGCCGUGGUAGCCGUGCUCAUUGUUUUAUAUGUGUCUGACUUCUUCAAAGUGAGAGGAUGCACGUUUCAGCCAAAGGAAGAUUCCCACACGACCCUCCAUGAGACGCCCACAAAUGGGAAUCACUUCGGUAGCAAUCAUCAACCGUGAGAGAGCUGCCCCCUCACCACUCUCGCUCUCUGAAAGGAAAACAAUUCCAAAGUCUAUGUAAUAUAAAUAAAUGCCUUUUAAGGGACUGCUGCUGUUCUUAGAUGCUCACUUUACCUGUAUAUAGUAACAUUUACCACCAUUAUGUAUGUCUAAACUUUAAAUUUCAGUYGGUUCAAGCUCUUG